AUGCCAUACUUUACAUCCAGCGAAGAGUGGCAACGCCAAUCAGCUCUGCUCCUACAAGCCCACGCCGCUGCCACAGAACCCAAACCGAUAGUUGCCCUCCUCGAGCUCAAGACUUACGAUCCAGUGUCUGGCACAACGCUAAAAUACAAGACCGACAAGGCCGCAGAGGUCGGCAGAUUGAUCGCUGCAAUGGGUACUCUGGGCAGGGAGAUGGCUGCGCUGCCAGAGAAGAAGGAGGACGUGAUUAUGGCAGAUGCGGGUGCUGAGGGCACAGAGACAUUGGUGGAAGCAGCGGCCCCAGCAGCGCAAAACACGGCGCCUAAGAAAAAGAAGAAGGGCAAGAAGUGA